AGGGGAGGUUGAGCCAGUGAGCCCCGGCACCCCCGGCUAGUGGCUUGCGUGGCGUCGCACUGUUGACAUCAGCAACUAUGGCCUCCAACGUGCCUUUACUAGAUAAUGAUGAUACACUUGGUUUUGGUGAAGAGGAUGAACCCAAAGGAAAGUUAAAGCAUCCAGCGGUGACAGUAUUUCAUCUACUGUUUCGUACGGCUGCAUUAGUUGUGUAUGAGUUGUGUGGGUUGUUUAGUGAUGGCUUCAUUGGUUCCUUCAUUACAAUUGUCUUGCUUCUUUCUAUGGACUUUUGGACAGUCAAGAACAUUACAGGACGUCUUAUGGUUGGACUACGGUGGUGGAAUUAUAUAGAUGAUGAAGGCCAAAGCCAUUGGGUGUUUGAAGCCCGUAAGGGUGGUCUUCAGGGCAGAGUGUCUCAGACUGAAGUGCGGGUGUUUUGGGUCUCCUUGGUGGCCUUCCCCGUUAUUUGGACCAUCCUCUUCCUUAUUGCAGUAGCUUUCCUAAAGUUCAGAUGGGCUAUGGUUGUAUUGAUUGCCCUAUCCCUAACGGGUAGCAAUUUGUAUGGUUAUGUACGGUGUAAGUUUGGCAAGUCUGAGAGUAUUACACAAUCCUUUAAGAACAUGGCAACAGGAUUGGUUCAGAAGCAGAUGAUGGGUAAUGUUGCCAACAUGUUCACUCGAGCACCACCGACAAUGGCUCCAAGUAGCACAGUGUGAAAGAUAUGAGGGCAUUUAGUGGCACUAAUGAAUCAUGGAAAUAUGAAGAUGUAUGCAGAUUCUUUAUUAAUUGUUAUUAAAUACACAUAUUAAAUAUACAAAUAAAUAAGUGGAUUUGUUUUCAUUGAUGUGUUGUUGACCUUGAUUGAUUAUUUGUAUGCAAUACAUGGAAUGCAAUUAAAUUCAUAGGUAAAAGUAUUGCAGCAGGAAAUGAGCAGGAACAUCAUUUGAAUAUUUUACUAUACAGAUUCACAUUUGUGCAGUUUGCCCUUUGUGUAUACCUAUUAGGUAGUACACGUUUCUAAAAUUUAUAUAGUGUUUGUGUCUAUAUAUACGGUGUUUGUGUAUAUGUAGACACAAACACUGGUACCAUGACCACUGCACUGAUUAUGGUGCAGUAGUCAUGGUAGCAAUGUUGUUAGGGGGAAGACCUCUGGCAGCCUGGGUUUGAAUCCUCUGAGGGCUCAGAGUUAGUGUUAUUUAUGCUUGGGGACCAUUCAAGCUUUACUUGUAUAUGUAUGCAUGCAUGCAUGCAUGUAUACAUAUGUGUACACAUGCUUAUAUACAUACAUGUCUUUUUAUAGUAGCUUAAUAAGAUGUAUCAAUGUUAGGCAAGUUCCUAAAGUUUUAUUUGUCCUUUUAAUACCUUUCCUUAAAGUUUCUAGUCUUCAUUUUGAAAUAAUCCUUCACAAAACAAAAGGGGUUGCUGCUGAACAUUAUUUCAGAAUUAAUGUAUUGUGUAUUGUACAGCAUUUAUCAUAUAGUUUCUAAUGCAAGUCAACACUUGGUUUGUGGAACACAGAUGAAACUGCUGUAAUUGUUAUUUUGAAGUUUGGGGAGUGGUAAUUAGGUCGGGCUGUUAUAAGCUUAUUCAACAUGCAUUUAAGUAUUUUUUAUUUCUUAACCCAUCAAGCAUUUUAAAGAAUAAAUCUUGAAGCACAGGAUAAGUUCCGACUAUAAGUGUUAAUUUUUGGUCCGUUUCUUUCCCCCACUCCAGUCAUUUUGACUAGACACAAUCUGGCAUAUUUGUGUGCAUAUUCUUUGGUAAUGUGUGAGGAAUGCUGGCUACGCAACAGUAUAAGUUGUUGCUGGUUAAAAUGUGUGUGUGUUAUUUAUUGCAUUCCAUGCUACAUGUGAACACCUUCAUCCAAUACAUAUUAUAUCCAAAGAAAUUUUUUAAAUCAAGAUGGUGUGUAUGAUAAUAGUUUGUAUAAUAAAAGAUUUCUGAAACCUUUUGUGGCUAAAAAAUAUUCUGUAAAA